CUCUCUCUCGCGCGCUGUUUCGCUGAAGGUGGCGCGCGCGCGCGCACGUGUCCCGUCGGGCGGGGGAGGCUGGCUGGAGGUGGGGCCUCGUGCUCAAGCACGCGCCGAGUAGCCGUUGGUCGGCCGUCCGGCCUGUGAGGGGGGGAAAAAGAGGCGGUUGCUGCCCAUUGGCGCCUCGCGCGGGUACCUCCCCCUCUCGCGCUCCCCUCGCAGCUGAGGAGGCCGUGAGAAGGCGGCUUCGGAAGGGGGCGGUGAUGGCCGUUGCUGCUGCCGCCGCCGCCCGGCAACUGCCUCCGUCUCCUUUCCUCCCGUCGGCCCCAAACCGCGGGGCUCUCCGCACCUGCCAGCCCUGAGGGAGGCCUCGGCGCGCGUCCCGCCGCUGGAGAAGCGGAGAGCGAGGGCCGCCGCCGCCGCCUCCUGGCUCGUCCCUCUGCCGUCCUCGAUGUCUCCCCCGCCGCGGGGAGCCCACCCCAUCCGCGCCCCUUCGGCCCGCAGCGUCCCCUCGGGAGCCCGGCCUCGCCUUCUCCGAGACUGGUGGCGGAGCCAGCCGCGACUCGCCGGGAGGCGGCCCAGCGACGACGGAGCCGGCCAGGCCGCCGCCUCCUCCACCAGCGCGGCGGGGAUGAAGGCGGAGGCGGGGGACAGCAGCAUGAUCAACCUGUCGGUCCAGCAGGUGCUGAGUCUGUGGGCGCACGGCACCUCGCUCCGGCACCUCACCGAAAUGUGGUACUGGGUUUUCCUCUGGGCUCUCUUCUCCUCUCUCUUUGUCCACGGUGCUGCAGGAGUUUUAAUGUUUGUGAUGCUGCAGAGGCAUAGACAAGGGAGAGUAAUCUCUAUCAUUGCAGUCAGCAUUGGAUUUCUGGGUUCUGUAACUGGAGCUAUGAUAACCAGUGCAGCAGUAGCUGGAAUUUUCAGAGUUGCUGGAAAAAGCAUGGCUCCUUUACAAGCACUGGUGUUUGGAAUUGGCCAGACUGUACUGACACUAAUUAUAUCCUUCUCGAGAAUUCUUGCUACACUUUGAAACUUCUGUGAAAACUUGGUUUCUAAAAGGAAAUGGUCUGCAGUGAAGCUUCCCAGAAGUUGUUCCAGUAGCUGCUGGUUUUGAAUUGCAAGGAGAAAUAUUUGGUAUGUAGACUUCAAACCUAGAGGUUCCGCCCUUUUAGAAAGGAGUUCCCUCUAGAGUCCAAAAAUGACACACUACUGCACUGCACCUAAUGUGCCUCUGUAACAGGCAAGGUGUGAUCAAUUUAGGAGAAGCUGCAAGAUAAAGCACCUUGUGAAGCUGCUAAUCGGGCAAAUGGUGAUGUGAUCAUUGUUCGUAACAGUAUUGGGGGAAAUACAUGGGCAUUUCUGAAGAAUGGAUCAUAAAUGUGCCAAAUGCAAAGUUGAUUUGUUUUUGUUUUUUAAAAAAUAUUGAUAGUGUGACCAUUUAAAUGUGUAGUAUUUGAGUGCAGCAAACAUAGUUCAAAAAAAUUUCAGGAAUACUAACAAGGCACUUGUUUAUUAUUGUAAUAACUAACUCCAUCUCAAUGCAGAAAUUUAUCAAGCCUGUGGAGAAGAAAGCUGCUUGAGUAUUGAAUUUAUUAGCAUUGCCGGGAUUUAGUGACUGAAACAACAGUCUGGUAAGGACAUGAAUGUGAUUGAUCCAAUAUAGGAGCUCCUUACGAAAGGAUUUAAUUAGGAUAUGUCACAUUCACUAAAAGCAGCCUUUCAGUAACAUUAUGUUAUGCUUUUGCUAUUUUAUCAAGUUAUGGUAUGUCCCAAAUUCAUGGUUACGGAUUGGAACAAAGGCUGUAUGGGUCAGAUGUCUAAAAAAGGUUACAAAAGGAAUCCUACAUUAUUCCGAAAAUAUAUUUGCUUUGACCUUGAUUGUUGAAACAUUCAGUAACGCUAUUUUAAGACCAGGAAGAGCCACAAGUCUUGAAAAGUAUGUGUUUACAGUAUGGUCUAAUCUAAAGUAAGUCAAAGAUAGAUGGGGAAAUAAAAAUGCAGUUUUUCUAUGUGAUUAUGCCAGGAUUCUGAACAAAUGUUUAUUCUAGUAGAUUAUCAGUAUCAAAAGGGAGAGAAUUAAAAAUCUUCCUAUUUCCCAACCUUGAGAUAAUUUGGGGAUGAUUAUAUGUGACUUUCAUAUGCUUAGCUUCCAGUAGACCUGUUCUGUGUGUGUUGUUUUAGCAAGAGCAGCAGCGGUGGUGUGACUGUAAUGUCUUUACUGUAACAUGUUAUAAAGUGAAUAGAGAGAAACUACAAGGCACUAUCUAAAUGUAAGUAUUGGGAAGGAAUGAAUUAAUUGUAUCUUUGGGCUGAUUCACACACUGUCCUUUCAGUGAGUAUGCACAUGUAAUCAGCAUGCACAAACAUGCCUGUAUUAGGAGCUGAAAGAAGGGAGCAGGCUCCCUACUUCUGGAAACCAGUGCAGGUGGCAGUGGCUGGAGAACCCAAUUCUGCAUUUACCAGAAAUUGCUAGAUGUUGUCGCUGCUCAACCACUGCACCUUUUUCAACAGCACCUCGGUCACUCUGCUGCUGGUGCUCUUCUCUAAGUAGAGUGGCAAUAGCCAAGAAUCCCUUUGCUGGGAACUUGGGAAAAACAAGGCAUAUGCAGUAAGAGAGGACGACUUUAGCUGACAUUGCCUUUUCUACUACUUUUGGCUGCUCUAAUACAGGUGAUAGUAGGGCUUGAUUCUAUGUAUUCCUUCACUCAGAGUGCAAUGUGUGAAUUAGCCCUUAGUUUUCUGUUCAAAAUUGGCAGUCUGUACAUGUCUCUACCUUCCUUCUGGGUGUAUGACCACAGGUUGUCAUGACAGCAGAAGUUAAUGCCUACAGAAAUCAUAACUGCAGCAAUAACACUUUGACAGCACAGUGCUUUGUUCCACAACCUUUCUAAAUAUUGUGGCAAAAUCACAAUUUGUAGUUGUAUAUACUAAUAAAUUAUCACUAGAGGCUAUUUUGCCUACUUUGGUCUAGAGAUAACACUUAAGACAUUCAUUAUUAUUAUGUCUUCAUUCUUAUAGUUGUAGUGAUAGGCUGCUAUCCUACAAGGACCUAUGUAUAACUGGAGCUUCUUCACGGUUGUGUUAUUGCAGACUUUUGUUUGCCAUACCGAAAGAUGGAAGCUUUGUGCUCACCCAAGACUCUAAAUCAAAGUCAUAGGGGAAAGGAAAUAGCAUUAAUACUAGGAGGUAUUUAAAGAAACAUUGAUAUAUUUUGUUCUUUGUUUCAGGUAAUUUAAUUUAAAUGCCAAGGCACAUUCAAAACCUACACUAGUAUAAAAUGCUAUUUUAAUUUAUAGUGCCUUGAGUAUAUGUUAGAAGGAAUUUUCUAGUCCAUUGUCAACUUACUCCUGUUUUGUCUCUGCCAUUAGCUUGCAUUUGAUGAUAGCUUGUGGUAGUGGUGUUAAAAUGAAUAAUAGGAAAAAACUUGGAGAAAUCACUAGUGCUACCUGCCCCAGUUCAAGUCAAUGCAGAAAAGUUUUUGUUUUUUAAUUAUAAUUUUUAUUGACUUAAAUAUUAAGCACUGUAUCUUCAAGCCUUUGGAGUUAUAAAACUCCAUAUUGGUUUCAUAUUUUAUUGAGCAUCAGAACAUGCUGUAUGUGAUGCUGUUGUGAACGUUGUAUGUGAAGUUGUCUGAUGUCUAGUGUUAUGUGUAUUGGUGUAAUGAAGCUGCAAAGCAAACACUUCUCAGGCCCCAGUACUGAAGUAGUUAUGAAGACUAUAUAUGUAAAUUUCUAAGUCGAUUGACUUUAGGGCUAUAUGAAGAAAUGUAUUUCUGUACUGGAGGCUCAGAUGCUUCCUAUGUUGUUUGUGGUUGCCUCAUUCUGACAAAACUUACACUUUUCAUGAGAAACAAAUCCCAUCAGUAUUAAGGUUAGGUUAGGAAUAACUUAAAGGCUAGAUAUGCACUUUGUUAAAUAUUGCAACACGUUCAUUGGGCAGCAACAAUACAGCAGGUUCUGAGUGGCCAUCUAGAAAAGGGUCUGCCCAGAACUGCUUUGUAACAGGAAGCAAUCGUAGAUCAUGACUCUUUGAACUCAGCUAAUGAGUUGUGUUUUACGGUAGAUCAAUGUAUAAAAUGACACUUUUUCUAUCAAAAAUGGUAAAUAAAAUCUUCUCUUUCAGUCUCUGUUUGGUAAUGAAUACUAAAAGGAUGUGCUUUAGCCAAGGACAAGUAUGGCACUAUGCCUUUGAAUAGAAUACAUAACAUUUGUAUUUUGAAGCGAUUGCAGAGUUAGUUGUUUAUUGCAUUUUAAAACCAAUUUAUAUUUUAAAAAAACAAUGAAAUAACAAAUGAAAGUUUCUGAUAGCAAUAUUCUGUAUUCAGUUUUGAAAGUAAUGUGUAAGGAGUAAUGUUACUAGGGCCAUUUUUUCAUAUGCUAAAAAGGGUGGGUUUCUUCUUUCAUGCAAGUUUAGAGUGGUGUGCUUUACUUAAGGAUGAAAUGCCCUUUGUAUGAAUAGAAUUAAAAUAAUACCUUCAGCUGCUACAGGAAAUGAAGGAAAUCUACACCAAUAUUCAAAAAUUUAUCUGAGGAAGUGAUUGAACAUGCUACUUGGAAGCAUUCUAAAAAGAAUCCAGUGUAAAGCUUAUGCAAUACCAGUAUUUGACCAUGAACUGAAUUACUGUUUGAGAGCAGUUGAAAAUUUCGUAUUUUUUUUUAAUUCCAGAUAAUCUGCAGGUUUUUUAUUUUUAAGGCAGCUUAAGUUUCAUGAACUGAUCUCUUAACAUAUUUAGCAAUGACAUUUUAGAAAACUUUUCAUUAUUCAAAACCACAGGUAACAUUAUGUUGGCUUAAUUUAUGAACAUAUGGACCAAAGAGGUGGUUAAGUAUUCAUUGUAUUUAUCUGUAAUAUAGCGUUUUAAAUAUAUUUUUCUUGAUUAAAUCUGAGGAAAGCAGUAGUGUUUCCUCUUCAGUUUUGCACUUUGCUAUAUUUUGUUUCAGUAUGAUAAACUUAUUUUUACUUGAAGCUUGCAUAUUUUUGUUGUAUUGUAGUAUAACCAAGCAAUCAGCUCUCGGUAUAAUUAAACGGAUUUUUAAAAUUA